GUUCCCAGUGAUUGCAUCAGAAGAAGAAAGCUGGAGGAAGUAGAAAUAUGGCUACCAGUUAAGCCAAGGCAAUCCAGCUAAAGAGCUUAGGGAGUGCAAACCUGAAGAGUGUGGGUAGAUGAAGGGCUAGAGAUCGGGCUUGGAACAUCAGCAGGGAAGCCUUGAGUAGCUGAGAUUGAGGGUGUCUGUACUCCAUGCUCACAGCCCUUGCUCUCCUACAACGAUGAAUUUGGGAGGAACUUUUCCCAAGAUAUGCUUGAGAAAAAGGAGAAAUGAAACUACCCUCCAUCAAAAAAUGAGGCAAAUAAGGGAGCAGUGGGGGAAUGGAGAAUGGGAUUUCCAUGAAGACAGCCAGAGGUUCAAGAUCCCUGAAAUGGGGAGCAUAUGACUGAGAGGAGUAUCUCACAGUCCUGAGUGGUAUUCCCAGCCUCUCCACAUAAAGCCCCAGGAGGGAACAGUGAUACUCUAGUUGACAGGCUUCAGAAGAUUCCAUCACAGCCUGGAUAUAAACCCUGACAAGACAUCAGACUUCUCUGUUGUACACAUCAGUUAAGACAUUAUUGAACAAAAAUGACUGACAGACUCUUAGAGAAGAUAGAGGCCAUAGACGAAUAUUCCAAGAUGAUGGAUUUUCGGAUUCGGAGGGAUCGGAUGCGAAACAUCAGUGUAAAGAAGAGUUUGUGCAUCCCCCUGACCUUUGACUUCCACACUGGCUUCGAGAAGCCCUGCACAAAAAUCAUCACCUCCAAACCUGGAGAGUCCUCCCACAAGGCUUCAGGAGACCAACAGAAGGGUGCCAAGACGAUCAGUGGUUUAAAUGUAUGGAAGCCCAAACUCCUAAAUAAUGGAUUUGUGCCCAGAAGGUGUCUCUAUGGGAAGGCAAAUAUAAGACCUUACUCUGUUCCGGGCAAUCUGAAAUACUACCAUAGAGAGAAACUACAACAUUUAGAAUCACCCACAGCAUGGGAAUCAGUCAAGACUUCUCUUCAACCAAAAUCCAAGGACAAAGCUGAGAGGGAGCAUCUGGUGUCAGUACCUCAAGGGACUAUACUAUUCUUCGAUGGAGGUUUGGGGGGCAUUAAAAAAUUCUCUACCCGUGACAGAGAACUUGAAAUGAAAAUUAAAGAUUUCCCAGGCUUUGCAGCAUUCCCAGGCUUGGGAAUUGAUGCAGCCACAAUGUUGUCUACACAGAGGGCUGAAUAUCGAAUCUUCCCUGUUAACUGCCAAACCCCAUUAGCAGGUAAAAGAAAACAUCUUACCCAGAAUUUUAUGAAAAUCCCUAAUAUAAUAGGAACCUCACCAAAUGAAGCCAUGAAAGCAAGGAGAAAAAAAAUUUCCAUACAGGAUGCUAAAUCUUGGGACAAAAGCAAAUGGUCCAAGAACCUGUAUUCAGUUGAAUGUGCUUUAGAUAAAGAAGAAGCCUCUUUGAUACCGUUAAGCUUUGAGGAUGAACUGAACAAGCCAAAUGCCAAAAUCAUCGACCUCAAUAAACCAAAGGAAGCGGUUUCUUCACCGGUCCUAAGUAAGACUAACCCCAUCAUUUUUCACGAGCCGGCGUACAUACAAAUGUUUCUCUUAACCAGAGACAAAUGUCACCUGAAAAAAGAAGAUGAAAUGACAACAGGCACAAGAACGAAUCUUGUUCUGAAAAAGAACAAUGAAAUGAUCAAAGCCUUAAUAAGUGAAUCAUUCACUGCCGCUCUCUGUCCGAAGAAAACGCUCUUAAAUAAGUGGCAAAUAGAUGAUAACAUGCCUCGCAGGUAUCCUCAGAGGAGAAACAUCUCCCUGCUUCAAACGUCUUCUGAUGAGCGUUUGGCCCCAAGAGGGAGUCCAGUAUCUGAAAGAAGCUCUGAGAGUGAGCUGACUUCAAAAUCUUCCCAAUUUCUGUACUCCUCCAAUGCCCGACACUCCAAGUACCUCCAGAACUUUUACAAAGUCCAAGACUUCCGAAUGACCCAGCUGGACCACAUCCUGGCCAGAAAUCCUCCUCAAAAAGCCCUGACGGGCCAAGCAGCCCCUGGCCUUCCAAGUUUGGGGAGUAAACAGAGUCCCAGCUUAGCUGAAUAUAACGACAAGUCCUCAGGUCUACCUCAAGUGUGGAAAUCCCAAACGACGAGGACUGUAGACCCAACUGUGGUCUCUGGGGUGCAAGAAGAGCCGGCCUCCACCUCUGACAAAGCCUUAUUUUUGACAUCUUUGGAAAAUGCCCAGAGAUGGCCAGAAAUGAGAGCAGAGUCACAGUCAUUGUAGCUGGCUGCUCCUUCUCCGAUGCCAGCCUCCGAGCGCCAAAAGGACAGCAUCGAGGAAUGAAGCCACCUCCAAAAGAAUCAUCUGGCCAGCCUGAAGGAUUUCUCACUUUGAAACUUUAUCAAAAGCUUUUGUAAAUGUGAAUAUAAAAUCAGAUUUUGAACUGGGUGACUGUAAAAUGGCCAUAUUAGCCAGGCAAUCAAAAAGCUUUCAAAGACACCUUAUCCAUAGUAAAGUCAUCUUUUAAAACA